UUUAGUGUCAGGUUGAGCUCAGAUUCCUCCCAUUCUUACCGAGGCUUUCCCUCACUGCUGGAGGAACGAGAGAAAGGGCUGUCUCGGAUACGGUGUGUCUGGAGAGGGGGACAUCAGCUUAUUAUUACAUUUAUAUUAUUGACGGACACUUUAACAGAUUAAUUAAUGAGCUGCUGACUGUCUGUGUAAACAUGAAGAUCAGGCUGUCAUUGGCCGCUGCUGCACUCUUAACUUUAUUACUGAAUUCAGUAGAGGCUCAAGUGGAGCCCCCUUCAGAUUUGAAAUUUAAAAUACUAAAUGAAAACACAGUGCAAAUGUCAUGGAGGAGGCCUUCAUAUCAGAUACAGGGAUACAGAAUACAAGUAGUAUCAGAUACAGAUGAUUUUAGAGAUUUCACUCUUCCUGUCCUGGCCACAAACACAUCUAUCACAGAUCUGACUCCAGAUGUAGACUAUUCAGUGUCAAUAAAUUCAUAUGAUGGCACGGAAGAAAGUAUUCCUAUCCUUGGCCAAAUAACUAUUCAAUCCAGUAACACCAGUGGAACAGCUGGGAAACCGCAGUCAGAUGCCAUUACGUGUUCAGUAAGUGCUAUUGCAGAUCUAGUUUUCCUGGUGGAUGGCUCUUGGAGUGUGGGAAGGGAAAACUUUAAAUUCAUUCGGAGUUUCAUUAGGGCCUUGACGGGAGCGUUUGACAUUGGAGAAGAUAAGACUAGAGUGGCUGUGGUACAGUACAGCACAGACACCAGGACAGAGUUCAACCUGAACCAGCAUUACAGACGACCAGAUCUUUUCCGAGCCAUCAAAAAUCUGCCCUAUAAGGGCGGUAAUACCAUGACAGGUGAUGCAAUGGACUAUCUGGUGAAAAACACUUUUACGGAAGCGGCUGGAGGCAGGAAAGGCUUCCCAAAAGUAGCCAUGAUCAUCACAGAUGGAAAAUCUCAGGACCCAGUGGAGGAGUACGCCAAACGGCUGAGGAACAUUGGAGUAGAGAUCUUUGUCCUGGGUAUCAAAGGUGCAGAUGAGGAUGAGUUGAAGGAGAUUGCAUCCACUCCUCACAACAAGCAUGUCUACAAUGUUCCAAACUUUGACAUGAUCAUUCAGGUGCAGAAGAAGCUCAUCACUGAGGUGUGUUCUGGUGUGGAGGAACAGCUAAAUACCCUUGUAAGCAGAGAGGAAGUUGUAGAACCAGCGUUAAAACUCAGUGUAACUGAUAUCUCCUCCAAAUCUAUGAGGGUCACGUGGGAUGCAUCUCCAGGAGAUAUCACAGGCUAUAAACUUCAGCUCAUCCCCAUGAUAGCAGGCGCCAGGAGGCAGGAGUUAUACACAGGUCCAAGGAUCACCUUGGCCAAUGUCAGAGACCUGUCUCCUGAGACAGAAUAUAAGAUCAGUCUGUUUGCCCUCAAAGGUUUAACCCCCAGCGAGCCAAAAAUAGCCAUGGAGAAGACACAGCCUGUAAGAAUCUCCACAGAGUGUUCUCUUGAGGUUGAUGUCCAAGCUGAUGUUGUUCUCCUGGUGGAUGGCUCGUACAGUAUAGGACCGGCUAACUUUGCUAAAGUUAGAGCCUUCCUAGAAGUGCUUGUUAAUUCUUUUGAUAUCGGACCUAACAAGGUGCAGAUCAGCUUGGUUCAGUACAGCAGGGAUCCUCACACCGAGUUUGCCCUGAACAUGUACCAUGACAUUGAAGCUGUGGUCAAGGCAAUCCACAUUUUCCCAUACCGAGGAGGCUCCACCAACACUGGGAAGGCCAUGAGCUACGUGAGGGAAAAGAUCUUUGUUUCAGGCCGUGGCGCUCGUGACAAUGUGCCACGGGUCAUGGUGCUCAUCACAGACGGCAAGUCCUCAGACUCCUUCAAAGAGCCAGCCAACAAGCUCAAGGAUGCAGACGUGGAGAUCUUUGCUGUUGGAGUUAAGGAUGCAGUGCGCUCCGAGUUGGAGGCCAUUGCUAAUGCUCCUGCCGAUAACCAUGUUUUUGAGGUGGAAGACUUUGAUGCCUUUGAGCGGAUUUCAAAGGAACUGACCACAUCUAUCUGCCUAAGAAUUGAGCAGGAGCUCCAUAACAUCAAGAAAAGAAGUUUAAUACCUCCAAAGUCACUGAGCUUCUCUGAGGUAACCUCCAGGAGCUUUAGGGCCUUGUGGAUUUCUGAGGCAGAGGAUGUCCUGUCUUUUCUGGUACGUUUCAGACCGGCGGCUGAUAUAAUGGGAGACUACAUCUCUUUGUUGGUUUCUAAUGAAACCAUGACUACCACUUUGCCAAAUCUAAUCCCCCUGACCACCUAUGAGGUUAACGUUAUUGCCCAGUAUGACAAAGGAGACAGCUUUCCUUUGACGGGAGAGGAGACAACGUUAGAAGAAAUAGGCAGUGUCCGCAACCUCAUGGUGAGUGAGGAGACUGUGGACAGCUUUCGUGUGUCAUGGAAAGCUGCUCCGGGAGCAGUAUUGAGGUACAGACUGUUCUAUGAGCCUAUUGCUGGAGGAAAUAAAUUGGAAGCAGAGACUGAUGGGAGUCAGGUCACCAUUGUGCUCCAAGAGCUGUUACCCAUCACGACCUACCGCGUCACAGUGCAUGCUGAGUAUGCAACGGGGAUGGGGUCUUCAAUGGACACUGAAGGCACCACCAAAGAAGUUCUGGGCUCUCCACGUGACCUGAAAGUCUCUAACGAGACUGUGUCCAGCUUGAGGCUCUCAUGGCGGGCUGCUCCAGGAAAUGUGCUUCAAUACCAUGUGACCUACAAACCUGAUGGUGGCGAGAGGAAAGAGAUAUUUGUUAAAGGAGACACAACUAGCGCUAUAUUGAAAAAUCUGCUGUCCGACACGGAGUAUGAGCUGUUUGUUAGCGCCCGCUACUCCUCUGGUCUUGGAGAUCCAAUUUUGGGAAGAGGCACCACUCUGGAAGAACUCGGUUCUGCUUCGAACCUGGUUACCUCAGAUGUCACGGAGAGCAGUUUUGUAGCAUCCUGGACUGCCGCUCCUGGCAACGUUCGCCUUUAUCGGGUCACCUGGAAAUCCCUCUUUUCAGAGGAAGCUGGCGAGAAAACGGUCCCCGGGGACAUUACCACCACUGUUCUGGAUGGCCUGACACCGGAGACCCGAUACAAGGUUUCUGUAUAUGCUGCCUACAGCCGGGAGGAGGGGAGACCGCUUCAUAGAGAGGAGACCACAGAUGUGUCGGCUGCUGUGAGAAUACUUACGUUAUCAGAUGAAACAGAAAAGACCAUGCGGGUGACGUGGCAACCAGCACCUGGCAAUGUUGUCAACUAUAGGGUGUUGUAUAAACCACAGGGUGAUGGGCGUCAAUUGGUCUCCAAAGCACCAGGUGGAACCAACACCAUCAUGCUGAGACGGCUGCAACCCUUGACCACUUACGAUAUCACUGUGGUACCUGUCUAUAAGUUUGGUGAUGGAAGAGCAAGGAAAGGAGAAGGAACCACAUUGUCUCUAUACAAAGCUCCCAGAAACCUGCAAACUUCAGAACCCACUAAGACCAGUUUCAGGGUAACAUGGGACCCUGCUCCUGGAGAUGUGAAGGGCUACAAGGUCACUUUCCAUCCCAUUGGGGAUGAAGUGGACCUGGGAGAGCUGCUAGUCGGCCCCUAUGACAACACUGUGGUUCUGGAAGAGCUAAGGGCUGGCACUAAGUACACAGUGAAUGUGUUUGGCAUGUUUGAGGGAGGAGAGAGUAUGCCAUUGGCUGGAGAGGAGAAGACGACCCUCACUGAAACCCUUGAACCUCCAACCUUUCAAACCACAGAUGUAACAUGCAAAACUACAGCUCAGGCCGAUAUCAUUCUGCUCAUUGAUGGAUCUUGGAGUAUCGGCCGCCUGAACUUCAAGACCAUAAGGGCUUUCAUUGGCCGCAUGGUGGGUGUGUUUGACAUCGGCCCGGAUCGUGUCCAGAUUGGUCUGGCACAAUACAGUGGAGACCCAAAGACAGAGUGGCACCUAAACGCUCACAGAACUAGAGCAGAACUUCUAGAGGCUGUGGCCAAUCUACCCUACAAAGGAGGAAACACUUUGACUGGUCUUGCUUUAAAUUACCUCCUUCAGAACAAUUUCAAAGCUAACGUUGGUAUGCGUCCAAACUCCCGGAAGAUCGGCGUCCUGGUUACUGAUGGCAAGUCACAGGAUGACAUCACAGUUAACUCUCAGAACCUGCGUGAUCAGGAUAUCGAGCUGUAUGCAAUAGGUGUAAAGAACGCAGAUGAGGGCGAGUUGAGAACAAUUGCCUCUGAUCCUGAUGAUAUCCACAUGUACAACGUGGCGGACUUCUCCUUCCUGUUAGACAUCGUGGAUGACCUGACAAACAACCUGUGUAACAGUGUCAAGGGUCCAGGAGGAGGCCCUGAACCACCCACUGAUCUAGUGACAUCAGAUGUGACCCAUUACUCUUUCCGUGCCACCUGGAAUGGCCCUGACGGACCCAUAGACAAGUACAGAAUAGAGUAUGUGAGCACUGCUGGAGGAGAACCUCAACAGUUGUUUGUUGAUGGUACGGUGACGACUGUGGUUUUGGAGAGUCUUAUUCCACUGACGGAGUACAUAUUGAAGGUUUACUCAGUAGUGGGAGAGGAGAGCAGCGAGCCCCUCAAAGGCAUGGAGACAACAUUGCCUCUCAAUGCAGUGAGGAGCAUGAACAUCUACAGGGUGCGCUCCACCACCAUGAAUGUGAGAUGGGAUGCGGCUGAAGGGGCCACAGGCUACAUGGUUGUGUACGACGCCCUUAAUGCCACUGAACCCUCUGUGAAAAAGGAGAUGCGUGUGAAAGGAAAGGUCACUGACGUCCAGCUGAAGAACCUUCAUCCCAACACAGCCUACAGCAUUUUCAUCUUUGCCCUGCACGGCGACACUGCCAGUGAACCUCUUGCUGAUCAGGGGGUGACCUUGCCACUUCCUUCAGCCGGUGAGUUGAGGAUCAUAGAUGUUACUCACAGCACCAUGCUGCUGGACUGGGAUGCUGCAUCCGGCGCCGUUCGCAAAUACAUCAUAACUUACAAGCCAAAGGAUGGAGAGUCCAAGGAGCUUGAAGCUGAUGGAGAUGUGAUAAAUAGUGUUCUGGAUAAUCUAAUUUCCCAAACUGAAUAUGAUGUUGCUGUCACUCCAGUCUAUGAUUCCAGGAUAGGAAGCCCAAUGCUUAAACAAGCUACUACAGAUGUUGUCCCAGCUCCAAAAAAUUUGAGGUUCUCCCAGGUGACCCAGACCAGUUUCAGGGCUCAUUGGGAGCAUGGUGCACCUGACGUUGCCCUUUAUCGCAUUGGUUGGACAAAGAGAGGAGAGAACAACUUCCAAUAUGAUAUCUUGAACAGUGAUGACACCAGCACUCUCCUGGAGAACCUUGAACAAGACACUAUGUAUGAUGUAUCUGUGACUGGCAUUUAUCCAGAUGAGUCUGAAAGUGAAGAUCUGCUGGGUAGACAACGCACAUUGUCCAAGAUCAUAACACCUGCUCGUAGUGGAUCCCCUCAAAACCUCCAAGUGUUCAAUGCAACCACCACCUCCCUCACCACCAAAUGGGAUCACGCCCCCGGACGAGUCCAGAAUUACAGGAUUACCUACGUACCAGUUGCAGGAGGAAGACCACAAUUUACACAGAUUGGGGGGAAGAAGAACACAGUUAUUCUGCAGAAACUGACCCCAGAUACACCCUACUCUAUCACUGUUGCCGCAGUCUAUGCAAAUGGAGAUGCCAAAGACAUUUCUGGCCAAGGAAAGACAUUACCGCUGGGCAGCGUGAGAAACAUUCAGGUCACAGACCCCACCAUCAGCACUCUUAAUGUCCGCUGGGAGCCAGCCGAGGGGAUCGUACGGCAAUACAGGAUUUACUACCAGCCUGUCACAGGGGGCAUAGAGGACAUGGUCCAGGUUCCCGGAACCACUACCAGUACAGUUCUGAAGAACUUGCUGCCUGAUACAGAUUACACGGUAACCGUGGUGCCAGUUUAUGCUCCUGGCGAGGGCAAGCGCAUGUCACAGAAUGGAAAAACCUUGGUGCGGACCCCUGCCAGGAACAUCCAGGCUUACAACCCCACCACAAACACCCUGAACGUGCGCUGGGAGCCAGCUUCCGGAGAAGUCCUGCAGUACCGUGUCGUCUACGCCCCGCUCACCGGAGUCCGUCCCUCUGAGUCUGUUCUUGUCCCAGGGAACACCCACACUACCUUGCUGCAGCAGCUAAAUCCAGACACAGAGUAUUCGGUCAGUGUGGUGGCCCUGUAUGCUGAUGGAGAGGGCUCCUCAGUGACUGAUAAUGGAAAAACAUUGCCCCGCAGUGGCCCCAGAAACCUGCGGGUGUACGAUCCAACCACAAGCACGUUGACAGUGAGCUGGGAGCAUGCAGACGGGCUCGUGCAGCAGUACCGAAUUGGCUAUGCACCAACCACUGGAGAUCCCAUUGAGGAAUUUACAAGUGUCCCUGGAAACAGAAAUUCAGUCAUCUUGCAAAACCUGCAGCCUAGCACUCCUUACAACAUCAAUGUGGAGGCCAUUUAUCAAAAUGGCCCUGGAGGACGACUCUCUGGAGAUGGAAAUACAUUGGGUCUCCUGGAGCCUCGUAACCUGCGUGUUUCAGAUGAAUGGUACACUCGAUUCCGUGUGUCAUGGGAUCCAGCACCCGCACGGGUCAAUGGUUAUAAACUGGUCUAUACACCAGUGGGCACAACUAACACAAUGGAAGUGUUUGUUGGAGAUGUCACUACAUAUAACCUGCACAACCUUCAGUCUGGAACCACGUACGACCUGAAAGUUUAUGCUCAGUAUGACGCAGGCAUGAGUGGAGCACUGAUUGGACAGGGAACCACUUUGUAUCUCAAUGUAACUGACCUCUCCACAUACAAUGUUGGUUAUGACUCAUUCUGCAUCAGAUGGACUCCUCAUCGGGCUGCUACUUCUUACAGACUAAAAGUCAAUCCUUUCAUCUCAUCUAAUCGUGGGGCAAAUGAGGUCACUAUUACCGCUGCUGAGAGCAAUUACUGUUUUGAUGGGUUGAUGCCAUAUGCACUGUACAACGCCACUGUCUACACCCAGACCCCCAACCAGGAUGGACCAGGAGUCACUGUCAAAGAGCGCACAUUGGUGAAACCCACCCAUCCCCCAACAACACCCCCAGCACCUCCGCCACCACCCACCAUCCCUGGUGCACUCGAAGUGUGCAAAGGUGCCAAGGCUGACCUGGUGUUCCUGAUCGACGGUUCUUGGAGUAUUGGAGAUGAGAGCUUUGUUAAAGUCCGCCAGUUUGUGUUCAGCAUGAUUGGAGCCUUUGAUGUCAUCAGCCAAGAAGGCAUGCAGGUGUCUUUUGUGCAGUACAGCGAUGAUGCUAAAACUGAGUUUAAGCUGAACACCUACCAUGACAAGGGAGUUGUUCUGUCUGCCCUUCAGAUGGUCAACUACAGAGGAGGAAACACCAAAACAGGAGCUGCAUUGAAGCAUGUUGUAGAGAAGGUGUUUACCUCAGACAGUGGUAUGAGGAGGACAGUUCCAAAGGUUCUGGUAGUAGUCACAGAUGGACGUUCUCAGGAUGAGGUGAAGAAGAGUGCUGCUAAACUACAGCAUUCAGGCUACAGUGUGUUUGUGGUGGGUGUCGCUGAUGUAGACUUGGCAGAACUAAGGAACAUUGGAAGCAAGCCCAGCGAGAGACAUGUCUUUGUCGUUGAUGACUUUGAUGCAUUCAUGAAGAUUCAAGACAACCUCAUUACGUUCAUCUGUGAAACAGCAACAUCCACAUGUCCUUUGAUUUACCUUGAUGGAUUCACAUCACCAGGCUUCAGGAUGCUGGAAGCUUUUAACAUCACUGAUAGGACAUUUGCUGGCAUGAACGGAGUCUCCAUGGAACCUGGUUCCUUCAACAGUUACAUCGCAUACAGACUCCAUAAGGAUGCAUUCAUUUCCCAGCCCACAAAGGAAAUCCAUCCAGAUGGUCUUCCUCCCUCCUACACCCUCAUCCUUCUCUUCCGCCUCCUACCUGACACCACCAAGGAUGCCUUUGAUAUAUGGCAGAUUGCAGAUAAGAACAAUAACCCUGAGGUCGGACUUACCGUUGACCCUUCCAGUCGAGUCAUUUCGUUCUACAAUAAGAACACCAGAGGGGAAAUUCAGAAAGUCUCCUUUGACAGCGACCACGUGAAGAAAAUCUUCCACGGCAGUUUCCAUAAGAUUCACAUCUCAAUUUCACAGAAAAACGUCAAACUGAACAUUGACUGCCAAGAAGUGGCUGAGAAAGAGAUCGAAGCGGCCAACAACAUCUCCACAGAUGGCUAUGAAGUCCUUGGCAAAAUGGCCAAAUCUAGCGGUUCAAAGAAGCAGUCGACCACCUUCCAGCUCCAGAUGUUUGAUAUUGUCUGCAGUUUGGGCUGGACAAGUCGAGAUAAAUGUUGUGAUAUUCCAGCAAUGCGAGAUGAAGCCAAAUGUCCUGCUCUUCCUCACUCCUGCACAUGCGCUCAGGACAGUAUUGGUCCUCCAGGCCCAGGUGGCCCUCAGGGCAGCCCUGGUACAAAAGGUCCACGAGGUGAGAGAGGAGAGUCUGGACCAAUGGGUCCAAUGGGUCCACGUGGGGAGCAGGGUCUGCCAGGGCAAAUGGGACCUCCAGGCCCACAGGGCCCCAAUGGAUUGUCUAUUCCUGGUGAACCAGGGCGGCCCGGACCUAAGGGAGACCCUGGUGACUCAGGGUUACCUGGACAGAGAGGCCAAAUUGGUGCUCCAGGUCCUCUUGGCCCUGUUGGACCUGCUGGAGCGAGGGGUCAACCAGGAAAUGAAGGCCCAUCUGGACCAAGAGGUCCAUCAGGACCAAUGGGACCCCCUGGGUCACCUGGCAUGCAAGGAAUCACAGGAAUAUCAGGAAAACCUGGAGAGACUGGCCUCUCGGGAGCUGUUGGCAUGAAAGGAGAGAAAGGUGAAAGGGGAGAUACUGCGUCACAGAAUAUGUUGCGAUCUGUAGCAAGACAAGUCUGUGAACAACUAGUCAACAGACAAAUGAGCAGAAUCGAUAUGAUGCUGAACCAGAUCCCCAGUAACUACAGGAGCAACAGUCCUGGUCCUGCUGGACCUCCAGGCCCUCCUGGCAACCAGGGAUCCCGUGGAGAGCCAGGUCAGACGGGACCCAAUGGUUUCCCAGGAAACCCAGGUUUGCCAGGAUCUCCAGGAGAAAGAGGUAUGCCCGGAGAGAAAGGUGAGAGAGGAAGUCCAGGCAUUGCCACUCGUGGACAGAGAGGAUUACCUGGACCACCUGGGCCACAAGGGCAGUCCCAGAUAGGGCCCCCUGGUCCCACAGGCUCACCUGGGCCCAAUGGCCCACCAGGGCGGCAGGGUUCUCCUGGAAUCCGAGGACCACCUGGGCCUCCUGGAUAUUGUGAUUCCUCUCAGUGUGUAGGCAUUCCCUACAACGGACAAGGAUACCAACGUGUUGCAUAGUAUGCUAUAUAGACUGCCUGAUCCCUUACGCAUCCUGAGUCAGAGAAAUUAGCACUCACGCUAAAGAGCUAAUAAGGAUAACUACCGUGGAUAUGAUUGCUGAAUAUUUGCUGGCCAACUCUUAAAACAAAUCAAACCAAAGAAAGGACUGGACUGCAACUAACACCAGCUCUGAGCGCUACUAUAUCAUGGAGACACGUGCCCAUGGCCUGUUUGCAUCUAGAACUUAAACUGCAAAACAUUUGCUGGUGACGCAUGUGAAACUACUAACAUAAUGACCAUUUGUUUAACCAUGUUCAACAGUGGUAGCUCUGUAUGAGGGUGAGAUGACUGUAAAUAAAAGAAUUAUGCCCUGUAAAUGUUUAUCGAUGAAAUAAUUUGCUAAAAUAGUUUAACAGCAGUCACCAAGCCUGCGCCUGAUAACAUGCUUCUUGCUGACCGCUGAUGUAACCUUUGUUUGAUUUUUUUUUAAACACCUUUAUUGAUUUAUGCAGCCAAUGCUCAGGUCAAAAAUGUAGUGUGUGCAACUAGUAUAUGCAACCAUGAAUUUUUUGAUAUGUUCGCAGAGUGCUGUGUUACAAACUUUUCUUUAUUAUUUUGUAUUGUGAUUUACGUAAUACAUAUAAUAUAUAAUUUAUAUAAACCUCAGAGAGAUCAGUGCAAGUGUGUUACCUUCACUUGUCCAUGAAUGAAUUCUUUUUAUACACUUAUGUUAGAUUAGCGAUAGUUGUGGACAGCUACAGAAUGGGCUUAACAUUUACAUUUUUGUAUUACUUCUUAUGACUUAAUCAAGAUUGCAUUAACACUAUGUAUAAAUUAAGUUAUGACAUGUUUGAAUCGUAAAGCAUAUGCUCAGCAGGCCAAAUUAUAUUUCCAAGCAGGCCCCUACCAACCUGGACCUGAAACCUACGUAGUGCCCAUGCCAGCUGAGCCGUUGGAAGAUAUUGAGACACAUCACCAGGUUUAAGAAUCCAAUCUGGAAAAAGAUUGCUAUCAACACAAGAAGCUGAAAGAAUAGAAACAUAAAGUGAAUCUGAGGAAUCAUUCAGUUGUAUCUUCUGUAGUGUACAAAUUCUAGCCUCAAGCCUCGUUCAUAUGCCAAAUUAAAUGAGGUCAAGUGGAAAUAAGGCUGAUAUUCAACCCUCAUUUCCUUUUAAGAAACCUGUGUGCUCGUUAAUGGUUCCAAAUUGUGUCUUUGCUUGUAACAGAACGGCAUUUUGUAUUUUUAAGAAACUUGAGUUCAGUAUCCCAAAGUGUAAAGGUGUUUGUUGCACUGCAAUUGUAUGUGCUAUGUCUUCUCUCUCAAGGAAAAUGGCAAACGGUUGCACUUCUCUUAAAUCUUGUUAGACCUGACUUUGUUUUGUUAUCCUAAACAGAAUAUUUAUCUGUUGUAUACCAACUCAGACCAAAGGAUGAAUUGCAUGCCUGUGUUGUAUAUUUAGUAAGGACGUUUACAUUCAGAAUAUAGUUGUCUUUUCCAAUGCUAUUAGUUUCAAAUGCAGAUGGAAUUUGUUGCAAGACUAUGGACAAAGAAUUGCUUCUUUUAUGUCUGAAUUGCACAUUGUGAAUUCCACAGCCUUAUUUUCUUAUUUAUUUCAGAAUACGAAGAGGCAUUUUUCAAUAAAACUACUGAAAAUGUUUAA